UCUUUAUUCUGAGAGCAUAAGCGAUCACAGACGCAGAGAGAUGGGGAGGCCAAGGUGCUUCUUGGACAUCAGCAUAGGGGAAGAGUUGGAAGGGAGGAUCGUGGUGGAGCUUUACAACGACGUCGUUCCCAAGACCGCCGAGAACUUCAGGGCUCUCUGCACCGGCGAGAAAGGCAUCGCUCCUAACACUGGUCUACCGCUCCACUACAAGGGAUGUUGCUUUCAUCGGAUUAUAAGAAGCUUUAUGAUCCAAGGAGGAGAUAUAUCUGCUGGAGAUGGCACUGGUGGAGAGUCUAUAUAUGGGAUGAAGUUUGAAGAUGAGAAUUUUGAGUUGAAGCAUGAAAGGAAAGGGAUGUUAUCAAUGGCAAAUUCUGGUCCUAACACUAAUGGGUCUCAGUUUUUUAUCACCACUACGCGAACUUCUCAUCUUGAUGGUAAGCAUGUGGUAUUUGGGAAGGUAAUGAAGGGAAUGGGAGUGGUCCGUUCAAUGGAACAUGUUACAACUGGCAAAGAAGAUCUUCCCAUUUUUGAUGUUAAAAUUGUGGACUGUGGAGAAAUUCCUCAGGGAGCAGAUGAUGGAAUAUCUAACUUUUUCAAAGAUGGGGAUGCUCAUCCUGAUUGGCCAGCAGAUCUUGAUGAGAGCCCUAAUGAUCUCCAUUGGUGGAUGAAUGCUGUUGAUUCCAUUAAAAUUUUUGGUAAUGAGUACUACAAGAAACAAGAUUAUAAAAUGGCUUUAAGGAAGUAUCGGAAGGGUUUACGCUACCUGGAUAUUUGCUGGGAGAAAGGAGUUGAUGCUGACAAGAGUUCAAGUUUGAGAAAAAUAAAGUCUCAGAUUUUUGCAAACUGCUCUGCUUGUCAACUGAAGUUAGGGGAUCUCGAAGGAGCAUUAUUAGAUACAGAAUUUGCAAUGCGCGAAGCAGACAACAAUGUCAAAGCUUUGUUUCGCCAAGGGCAGGCAUACAUGGCGCUUCAUGACAUUGAUGCUGCAGUUGAAAGCUUCAAAAAGGCACUAAUCUUGGAGCCAAAUGAUGCUGGAACCAAAAAGGAACUUGCUGCUGCCAGGAGGAUGAUUGCUGAUAGACACAAUCGGGAAAGAGAUGCAUGUAAAAAAAUGUUCCAAUAGCAUUCUGCUUAGCGUUUUCAGCAGAGGAAACAACCUGACCACCCAGCAAAUACAGUAUAAAAUUGAGGUUUGAGUCCAUUGUUGCAAAUGAAGCUAGAAGGAUUGGAGGAGAAAGUGGUUUUUUUUUUUCUUUUCUUUUCUUCAUAAUGAUAGUAAUAGCUUAACAUUUUUUCCUUGUUUUCUUCCCCUUCUCACAUAGAAGUCUUUAAAAUGACUUUAAACAGU